UAUUUCAACGUUCUGAAUACUUUUAUACUCACGUCUUAAGAAAAGCAGCAAAAGAUCUAUCAUUUGUGCUCUAAUUUGUAUUAAUAUACUCCUUUCCGAUGUGCCGCGUCCAUGCAUGUAGGUCUAACUAGACGUCUACAAAUGUAAAGACUCAAGUUGGUUCUAUCUUUACAGAUAGAGAUCCAUACGAGACGAAACGAGUUCAAUAUCGAUCUUCUUUGGUAAGAUGCCUGUUGAAUUCGAAAGUGUCAACAGGUCUGUAACGCGGGAGUCUGCGAUCGGAAAUGGAGAACCGUGUUCCGUCGAUGGUGACAUCGUCAUCACGGGUAUAUCAGGCCGGCUGCCCAAGUCGUCUAAUAUCGAAGAGUUUAAGGAGAAUUUGCUGAAGGGAGUGGACAUGGUCACUGAUGACAAGCGUUGGUCAACGAACAGCUACGGGAUACCGGGCAAGUCAGCCAGGAUUAACAACAUCGACCGCUUUGACACUUCUUUUUUCGGGGUACACCCCAAGCAAGCACACGUAAUGGACCCACAGCUUCGCAUAUUGUUAGAAGUCGUAUACGAGGCGAUAGUUGACGCUGGCGUCAAUCCUUCCACCAUAAGAGGAUCGCGUACAGGAGUGUUCAUGGGUGUCACUUACACAGAAACGGAGGAUUUAUUGAUUAAAAAUGCAGAUAUCGCCACCGGUUCGUAUUAUGAAAAAACAAUGCCGAUUGUCUUCUCAAUCAAUUAUUUUAAAGUCUGUCUACUUAUAACAAUAGGGCAAGAUGGUGCAGACGUAGCGUUUUACAAUUGAUCGGUGUACACAUUUUGCUGUUUAUCAAAUAUAUCUGCUACACCGCAAAAGAAAUCACACGAUAUCUGCUGACAAGAAAAACUUGC